AUGCACGCAGACGUCCACAAGAUACGAGACCGUCUUAUCCACCUCGACCCGCAGGUACGGACCUGGGCAGGCAAGGUCCGCGAGCUCUCCUACAACAUGGAGGACGCCGUGGAUGCCUACAUGGUCCGUGUCUACGAUGGUGGCCAUGGUGAACUGGGCCCCAAUAACAUGAAGAAUAGAGUCAAUAAGUUCUUCAAGCGAACCAAGAAGCUGUUCAGCAAGGGCAGGGCUCUCCACCAAAUCUGCGAUGCUGUCCAAGAUGCUCAAGGGCUCGCCAAGGAGCUGGGUGAGCUCCGUCAAAGGUAUGGGCUCGAGGCAUACACGGAUGGUGUGGGGAAUGCCAUUGAUCCUCGCCUCAAGGCUAUGUAUAGAGAUGCCACGGAGCUUGUGGGCAUCGAGGACAUCCGGGCUGAGGUGAUCAAAAAGCUCCUUGAUGGGGAUGGGAUGUCGAAGCAGCUACUCAAGACACUGUCCGUUGUUGGAUUUGGUGGAUUGGGAAAGACAACCCUUGCCAAAGCGAUGUAUGACAAGAUCAGGGCGCAGUUCAGUUGUGGAGUGUUUGUUUCCGUGUCUCGAAAUCCUGACAUCACAAAGAUUUUUAAGAAGAUGCUGUAUGGACUUGACAGUACUAAGUUUUCAAAUAUCAAUGAAGCUGUUAGGGACAACCAACAACUCAUCGAUGAACUGAGAAUAUUUCUUCAGGAUAAGAGGUACUUAAUCGUUAUGUACUUAAUCGUUAUUGAUGACAUAUGGGAUAAAGAAGUAUGGAAAUUUAUCAAGUGUGCUUUCCCUAAGAGUGAUCUCGGUAGUCGAGUAAUAACGACAACACACAUAACCAGUGUCGCUCAAGCAUGUUGCCUAUCUAGUCAUGACAUUAUUCAUAAGACGAAAUCUCUUAAUGAUGAUGACUCCAAAAGGCUCUUCUGCAAAAGAAUAUUCCCUCAAGGAAGUGAAUAUCCUGGUGAAUUGGAGGAAGUAUCUAGAGAAAUUUUGAAGAAAUGUGGUGGAGUACCACUAGCCAUCAUUACUAUAGCUAGUCUUUUAGCCAGUAAUGAUCAAGACUUAAAGCCAAAGUAUCAAUGGGACAACAUACUCAGUUCUAUUGGCCGUGGACUUGCAGACUGUGGUACUGGAAAGGAUAUGCAGAGAAUACUAUCCUUUAGUUACUACAAUCUUCCAUCUCAUCUGAAGCCUUGUUUAUUAUAUCUCAGUAUAUUCCCGGAAGAUUGUGAGAUAGAUAGAGACCGGUUGAUAUGGAAGUGGAUAGAUGAAGGCUUUAUCCAAGGUGGAGAACAGGGAACUAGACUAUUUGAGCUUGGAAAGAGAUACUUCAAUGAGUUGAUAAACAGAAACUUGAUUCAACCUGUAGAUGUUGAUUUUGAAGGUAGGACGAAAGCUUGUCACAUACAUGAUAUGGCCCUUUCAAGCUUCCAAGUUCUGCGUGUACUGGAUCUAGAAGGUUGUAAUAUUGGGAAAAGUAGCGACCAGAUUGAUCUUAGUUUUCUCCAGAAUUUAUUACACCUGAGGUAUCUAGGGCUACGAAAUACACAUGUCCACUUUCUCCCGGUGGAAAUAGGGAAGCUACAAUUUUUGCAAACACUAGACUUGAGAACAGGUGGAUCUAUGGAGGCUGGAAACCACAAUAGCCCAGUACACUCCUGUGGAAAGGAUCUAUGCCCAGGCUUGAAUCUCUUCAAUUCCGUGCCCGAGCGUCGCAUCGCCGGUGGUGACUUGGACGUCUACAUGGGACACCUCCCCUCUCUCGAGGAAGUCCAGGUUUCUCUUUGGUCCGAGGAAAACUGCUUGCAAGUAGUGCGAAAAGCAGCUGAUAGGCUGGAGCUCACAUUGGACGCCCAUCCCAACUGUCCCACCCUUUUCUGGUAUCAGUAUUCUUUUCAACCCAAGGAUCUCGAAGAAGAAGAACAAGAAGAAGAAGAGGGGCUUGCAGCAGUGGGCACCGUGAACGAUUGA